UUGGUCCGUGUAUGAAACGGAUUUUAAGGAAAUUAGGCUACAAUGGUCCUGUCACCAUCACUGCUGUUGGCUCACUAGCAAAGGUCCCUCGUGACAUCCUUGAAGCGGUUUCUUCCACUGGAAUCUCUCUUUAUCACGAGUUCUACAGUCGUAAAAGCAUGGUUUCGUGUUUCCUUGGCCAUGGUAUAUUGAAUCCACGUCCAUCUACUAUGAUGGUCAUAUCCCGUCCACCAGUGUACAUUCCUCCACGCUUCUAUUCUAAUAUUAGCCGCCGACGUGAAAAUAGAUACAACUCCAUUUUCCCGUUUCCACUUGAGUCUCCUCGAGAAGCCUCCUCCACCCUCUGGAAAAAGUUUCUUUUAGCUGAUCCAGGGCCACUUGAUGAGGAGGAUAGCUGCAGUGAAACGCCUGGACUUGCCUCCUGGCUUUGCUCUGUGUGCCGUCGUAUUGGUUGUGGUCCAGGUAUUGCUGGUCAAGGCGUUGAUAAUUUUAUCACGCAUAUCUCUACUCGAGAACAUGAACUCAAUCGUCGAGGCUGUAUUACCCCAAAAGGUGAUCGCAAUAACUCCAGAUUGAAAGAGAGAGAUAUGUGUAAAGAAGAACAUAAGAAAAUGAUAUAA